AUGUAUUUAUUGCGCACACCAUUCAACACAUCCAUUAAUAACACCAUUUGUUGGGCAAAUGGUCAAUACUACCCACAAAAUCAAAAUCCUUACCCUCCGCAAGGUGUCUAUCCACAAGGACAAUAUUAUCCAGAGACAGUUUACGUUCAACAGCCUCCACCUCAGCGAGAUGAUUGGUGGUUGACCUCCCUGCUUGCCCUCUGCUGUGGAUGCCUCAUAGGAGAAGCUUGUUGUGACUCACCUUGUCUUUGCUGUGUGCUUCCAUGUCCCAUAACAAUUCCACGAUUUCGUUGGUAA